UUGCACUUUGGGAAAUGCGACUUGACAAAAAAAAAGUAAAAAAGCCCACAAAUUACAAUAAACAGUUAAAUAAAUAAUUAAUCAACGUUAAAAAAAAUAAUCAUAAGUUUAUCAGUGUCGUGUAAAUAAAAUAAAAUCUAAAAUAAUAACUAUAAUAAUAAUAAUAAACAUUAAAAUAUAAUAUUUGUUCAUUCCGCCAUUCGGGUUUUCAAUCGGCAGCCAGUGUCUAUUUUCAUCAAAAAUAAAUAUAAUAAAUAAAUAAAUAUUAUAAUAAUAAUUAUAAAAAUAUAAACAAUAACUAGGUUAAUAAAUAAUAAUAUAUUUAAAUAAUAAUAAAAGCAUGUAAAUAUUAAGUACAUAUAUCAAUACAAUAUAUAAUAAAUAAAUAGUUUAAUUGAAGGAACAUUAAAAUGUGAAAUUGCAAGCGUCGGAACGGAGAGAAACGGACUGACGACGACGACGUCCAAGGCAAGUCCUUUCAUUUUAUUUUGUUAAUUACUAUCAAAUAAAUACCUUUAUUGUUUGGUGAUAGAAGAUUGGUGAUUCUGUUAUUUGAAGUUGGAAGUUAGUUCCAAAUAGAACUGGCCUAGAACUGGUCAAAAUGUGCGACCAAACAGAGAUUAAGUACGAAGAUGAAGAAGUUGUCUGGGUUAAACUUGGUGCUUGCUGGUGGCCUGGACAGGUCACGGGUUAUGAAAAAUUGCCAGAGGAUAUUAAAAUUGAGUUUGAUAAAAAGGGUUUGAUUGCUGCUGUUAAGUUUUUUCAAGAAGAUAAAUUUGAAUAUGUUAAAAAUUUACAACAAAUUUAUAAGUACAAUUGUAAAAAAAAGGAUGAUUUUAUAAAAAAAGGCUUUGAUAAAUAUCGUUCAAAAACAAAAGAAGGUUCCAGUUACAUGGAUAAAUUCCCUCAAGAUAUAGUGAUGGCUGAAAAAUUGACAAAUGGAGAUCCCAACAUCCUCAGAACACCAAAAUUUUCUCCAGAAGAAAAACCAGACAUUUCAUAUCUUUUUGGCGGAGACAAGAAAGUAUCGAAAAAGAAAAAAGACAAAGAUGACCGAAAAUCAUUUAGCGCAAUAAGCCCUGAAAGAAAAAUAACUCAUCCCCGAUUUCGUGGUCCUAGUGAUCAUGAAAUUCGGAUUCGCGCGAACCAAUAUACGUCAUCCAGUCAGCCGUCAACACCUGAUGGAAAAACUCCGAAUUACAAUUGUCCACUCUGUUCAUUUACUUCAACUCGUGUAAAUGUUUUAAUUUCUCACAAUCGCAGUCAUCGAUCUACUGGCUGGGAAAGUCCUCUGUUGCGUUCUCGCACUUCUUUGACACCUAAGACGUCCCGUCCUCAUACUACGGAGUCACCCAAACGCAAGUACGUACGCAAAACUAAAAGUUUGUCUGCAAAAUCACCGAUUCUUAAUGAAAAAUUAUCAACAAGUGAGACUGUUAAACGUAAAUACAAUAAAAAUACAGAUAAUAAAGUGAUAAAAAAGAAGAAAACAGAUCCUGAGUUGAGAGAAAAAUUAUUAGCUGACUGGGAUAUUGACUCAAGUGAUGAAGAUUUUGAUAAUUCAUUAAAUAAAUCUGAAUCUUUUGACGACAGUCCGUCUAAAAACACAACUAUCAAUGUCAGUGAUAAUAAUAAAAAUAAUAAUUAUGAUGAUCAUAAUAAUGAUUUGCUGAUGGAAACAGACAAAUUAUUAAAAGAUACUCAACCAAACGAUUUGAAAAAAGGCAUUGAAAAUAAAUUAAAAGAUCAUAAUGAUGAUGAUAACAACAAAGUUGAAAAAGAUGAUGGAAAUAAUUUAAAUAUAAUUUUGCAUGAUCAAGAAAAUGAAUCAAAGGAUAAAAAAAAUGAUUUUAAAGAACAAAACAAAGACAAAGAUAAAUCAAAAUUUUCUUGCUUUGAUUUUGAUGAAGAUGAACCAGAACCUCCAGUUACAAUACCGGUCCGGAAAUUGGGGCGUGUUUUUGGUGAUAAAACUUCAUUAAAGAAAGAAAUAAUAAAAGAAUUUACAAAAAGCCAAGCGUUGGAAAAUAAACGGGAUGAAAUUAAUAAAGUUGUCACCGAUGAUGACAGUAAAUUAAUUGAAGAAAUGAACAAAACAGUUGAUGAUGUAGAUAAUUUGAUGGCUAAAAUAACGGAAACUACAUCGGCAACAAAGUCUACAAGUUUCAAAAGUGAUUCAGUGGCUUUUGAUGGUAAUGGUGAUGAUGAUCGUGAUGAUGAAGCCGAAGCUAAAGCUAUUAGUUCAAGAUCUGCGGCAUCAGAUACUUUAAUAUUGGACUCAGAAUCAGAUUUGAAAUCAAAUGCAUCAGAUACUUUACUUUUGGGUUCCAAUUCGGAUUUAAAGUCUGAAGCCUCUGGUUUAUCGGAAUUGGGUCCCGUUACAUCUGAAUUGGGAUCAGUGGCUUCAGAAUCACAAGAUUCAGCUUCUAAAUCAAUGGGAUUAGAUUCUGAUAAAACAGAAUUGAAUAUAAAUUUGGUGAGUGAUCAAGUAAAUCAAGUAGAAACAGCUAUGGAAGUUGAUAAUAAAGAAGAAGAACUUGAAAUUGUUGAAAUAAUUGAAACAGAAGAAGAUGAAGAAGAAGAAGAUGAAAAAAAAAAUGAAAAAGAAGCAAUUAACGAAACACCACUAUCAAUAGCAUCACAAUCACCAAAAAAGUCUUUAUUAAUUCCGAAAUCACCUGAAAAAAAAGUUAUUGUCACUCAUAUGCCAGAUAUGGAUCCAGAACGAGUUACUAUUGAAGAAGAAGAAGAAACUCUUCCAAUAUCUCAGCUCUCUCGGACAUCAUCCAGAGCCACUGAGUCUGGAAGUCUCUGUAACAUGGGAUGGUCACAGUUGAAUGAAAUAAUUGGCAGUACGCCAGCAUCUAAAUCAGCUAAUAAAAAUCAAUCUUCUAUAACAAUUCCUAUGAAGCGAGGCCGUGGACGUCCACCAAAGAAUCCUAAGAUCGAUUCAACUCCCAAGUUUAAUCGUAAAUCUGCUGUCGUUAAAAAUUCUUCAAUAAAAAUUGAUGACCAACCAAGUACACCAGGUACUCCUGAAUCUUUUGAUGAACGCAAGACUUCGCUAUCUGAAUCAGAUACUGAUAGAUCACAUACAGGAAGACAACGAAAACCAAAUAAAAAAUAUUUAGAAGAUGCUUAUUCGAGUCCUGGUAGCAGUAGUGGGUUUGCUGUUAAAACAGAUGACAGUCAAUCGGAAACUGAAGAUAAAGGAGCAAAAGUGGUAAAGAAAAGACGAGGAAGACCUCUUGGAUGGAAAAAAAAUAAAAAUAAUAGAAAAGUUAAACCUAUUGAAGAAUACGAAAUGUCUGAUCAGACAAUUGACAGCGCUGAAGAAAUAGUUAGUGAGUCUAUUGAAGUUACUCAAGUUGAAGAAAGAAUUAUUGAUGCUGUUGAUAAUUGUAAAAAUCUUAAAGUUAUGGAAGAUAUUAAAGAUGUUAAAAAUAUUAAAGACAUUAAAGAUGAUGAUUGUAUUAUUAAAAAUGAUAAAUCUCCGGUUCAUUUGACAAAUUUGACUUCAGCUAUUGAAAUACCAAGUCCAAUAAUUGAAAUACCCUUAGUUGCGAGUUCUAUUGAUGCAUUGACUACCACUAGUAGUAAUAUUUCAGGUCAUUCUGUUGAAGUUGAUAUUGAUAUUGAUGAUCAAAUUGGUCCAGUAGCUCCUGAAGCUGUACCAGUUAAUGUCAAUGUUGAUGUUAAUGUCGAUGUUGACGUUGAUUAUGAGGCACGCAAACAAGAUGAAGUUGAUCGUGCUGCACUGAUGAAUGAUCUUGAAGAUAAAGAUAAUGAUAAUGAUACUAUUGCUAAUAAUAAUGCUGACAAUACACAUGAACGAAUUGAUAUUUUGCCGCCUAAAAAAUCACAAAUUAAAAAAUUUGAAUUGUCACAAAUUGAUGAAUCACAAAUUGAUUUAGAAAAUGAAAUUAAAAAACAUGUCGAUGACGUUAACGAGAUUAAUGAAAGUGAGGAACCGAUUCAAGUUGAAGAUGAAAAAUUUGAAAAACAAAAUAAUGAUAUACAGAUAGAAAUGGAUAUUGAGGAAGAGAAAACUGAUAUCAUUACCGAUACUUUUGAGAUUGUAGAUAAAAUUGAUGAGAAUUCACAAGUUUGUCAACCAGAAACUAUUGAUACAGUUGAAAAUAUAGUUCAGAAUAAAGCUGAAGAUAAAGUUUGUGAGAAAAUUGAGCAAGUGACUGAAGUCAUUAUUAAUGAGGAAAAUAAAAUACAAGAUGAUAAAAUUCAAACAACUGAAGAUAUUGAAACCGAAGUAGUUUAUAACACUUGUAAAGAACAAGUGACUGAAGUCAUCAUUAAUGAGGAAAAUAAAAUACAAGAUGAUAAAAUUCAAACAGCUGAAGAUAUUGAAAUUGAAGUAGUCGAUAACACUUCUAAAUUAAAUGAUAGUACUUCAGCAUUAGUUGAUAAAGCCUUAGAACUAAAUGAUAAAACUUGUGAAUCAAUGGAUACAGUAGAAUCAAUAACUCAAGUUAUUGAACCAGUUAAUCAUAGAUCACCAGAACCAAUUGAUAAUGAUACUUUAGAGUUAAUUGAUAAUGCUACAGAACAUGUUGAAAAAACAUCUGAAUCAGUUGAUAAAAAUUUAGAUUUAAUUGGUGAAACAGAAUUAGAUUCAGAAUUAAUAAACAAAGAAUCAUUGGAAAUAACUACAGUAAUUGAUAAUGAUAAAUCAUUAGAAAUUAUUAAUAAACCUACAGAUAAUGAAUCAAUAGAUUUAUUAUCUGAUAGUAAAUUUAUAAUAAAUGAAUCAUUAAAAAAAGAUGAUAAAGUUAUUGAAUCAGUAGAGAUUCCAUCAGUAGAUAUUCCAUCUGAAUCAAUACAAGUUAAAUCAGAAUCAAUUGAUAAAGUAUCGGAAUUUAUAGAAACUCCAGCAGAAAUUGAAGCUGCGUCAAUAGUAUCACCAUUCACACAAUCAACACCAUUAUUAACUGAUGAAUCAAUUGAAUCAACGAUACCAGUUAAAAAACGUGAAAAACCUCGUAUUAUUGAAAAUGUUCAAUUAAAAGAACCAAUGCAUAUUUUAAAAUCAAAAUUACUUGAAAAACCUAAAGGUAAACAUAAACUUAUUGAUGAUGAUAAUAAAAUGGGAUCAAAAGCUAAAAUAAUAAAAUUAGAUCCUAGUGUUAGACGUUCAAAAAGUAGUGGAACAAUGUCAUAUGGACAAAAAAUUAAAGUACUGAAAGCUGCCGAUGCUAAUGAUAAAAGAAUCCAAGAAUUGUCACAAAUAACCACGUCAUCAGUUAUUAAUCAAAGAGUUGAUGAAACUGUUAGAAAUGUCGAGACAAUUGCUGUUAUUGCUGAAGGUGAAAACGAAAAAUUGAUACAACAAUCAUCAGCGAGUCUUGAAGAUAUGGAUUUAGAUAUUAAUUCAAUACCAUUUGUAAUGAGCGAAGAUUUAACCCCAGAUAGUAUUGAGCAGAUGCCUGUUGUUAUUUCAUCAAUAAUACCAACAUCAAAUUCAGAAAUAUCAAGUCAAGAUUUAAAUAUAUCUUGUACAACUUCUUCUACAGUUGAAUUUGGUGUUGGUUCUACAGGAUCAAUAUCAUCACCUGUUACACCAUCAGUAGUACUUGGUUCUAGUACAGUAUCAUUACCACCAUCAUCUGAAUCAGGUGCUAUAGUAUCUGUACCAGCUUCAGGAAUUAAUAAAAUAUCUCAAACACUAGUUUCAACGUCAACAAUUACAUUACCACGUGCAGCUCCAGCAUUAGCACCAAUAACUCCAUCAUCAGACAUUGAAACAAUAACCGUUGAUUCAAGUCCAAAAAAGAAAUGUCCAACGUCUCCAGCAAUUUUAAAAACAAAGCCCAAAGCUAAACCCACAAUAACAAGUAUAAAAACGAUUUCUCCACCAAUAACUGGAGGUAUUAAGAGUAUAAAAUUUCAAAACACAAAAUCACCUACUGCUAUGGCUUCUAAACAUUCUGCCAGCAAGUAUGUUAUUGUUCAAGCAGGAGCUGGAGGCCAGCAAAUGCGUUAUAUGAUUCAUGGAAAGCCUCGAUUAGGUACAAAAACAGUUGUAUCGGCAGGUAAACCAGCAGCUAAUCCUCAAAUAGUUUCUCAGGGUGGUAAAGUUGUAAUUCUUACCUCUCCACAAUCUGGACAAGCUAAAAUGGUGCCAUUAAAAAAUUCACUUGGAGCAAUUAAAGGACAACAAACUUACGCUGGAACUAGUAAAACUACUAAAAUCGAUACACCAACAACAUCAAAAUUAUCAAGUCCUAAAUUAGUUAGUUCUAAUUUAUUGACCAACAAACCUACAUUAACACCUAUAACAAGUCCCAAAACUAUUAUAAAUCCAACUAUUAUAAAAGGAGGUGUAUUUACAUCAUUAACUCCAAAGAUAAUAAAUCAAAAGUUAAAACCUGGUACAUUAAUUUCAGGAAGUCCUAAAACUAUUUUAACAUCUAUACCUGGUAAAAUUGUUACUGGUAGUAUGGUUCCUGGUAAAGGUACAGUGCUUACUCCAAUAACUGGACAGCAAGUAAAAGCUAUUGCUGCUAAAAGUCCAGCUAAACCAGGACAAACAACUUCAAAAGUUACUUAUCAAUUACAAAAAGGACUGCCAAUGGUUACCAAGAUGCAAAAAAUAGUACCGAUUUCAUCUACAUCAUCUACAGCAGCAUCUUCGCCAUUAAAAAAUUUGAAACCCACAAAUAUUGUUAUGACACAAAAAAAUCGAUUGCCUAAAAAAAUAAUUAGACAAGCUGGAGUUGUUAAUCAAUUACCGGUAGUAGCUAAUCCAUUAAACAGUUCCAGUCCUAAUCUUAGUCCCAAUCCUAGUUCGGGUUCCGGUUCUAGUUUUCAAGGAAUUGAUAAAAUGGGUAAAUUACCACGAGGACGUGGGCGUACGAAAAUUCAGCCAGAGAGUCCAGGUAUUAAGUUAAAAUCAUCACCAAAACCAUUUAAAACUCUCCCAAAGAUUAAGUCUAAAGAAUUAGUUACUGAUGCUAGUAGUGCUUCAGUAUCUGGUGUAGCAUUCCCAUCAACUUCUCUUGGUUCACCUUCUGAAUCAGUUACUCAAAUUGAAACUGCUCUAAAUGCGCCUGUGAAUGCUCCAACAUCGGGAUUAGUUACUCCAGCACUCAAAACAACUACGGUAGAUGCAGCAGAAAUACAGAAACUAACGUCAGUACUAGAAGUUAAAGAAGAAAAACCAGUACCACAAAUUAUGGCUUUACCAACUGAAAGUUCUGAUGGCACUCAGACUUACGUAUUGGUUACUAUUGAUGAUCAGGGACAAAUUCAACCACUUGAUAAUAAUGCCUUGAUGUCAUUAGAAGGAACAACUCAAAAUCCUGAUGGAACGCGUACUCUUUAUAUUGAUCCAGCUUCUCUAGGUGAAGCUGGUAAUUUGGACAACAUUGUUUUACAAUUUGAUAAUUCAAUGGCUCCUGUAUCAUCAAUAUCAUCAGCUCCAAUUCCAACUUUAGCUACUAGUGACUAUACACGUAGUCAAGUGCCUACAACAAAUCAAGAUAUUUUAGCAGCUGCUCUAGCAAAUACUGAUUUCCAGCAAGAUAUUUUACCAGAAACUACUGCCAGUUUGACUUCUGGAUUGACAUCAACUAGUUUAAUCAAUCAAACGAUUCUCCAGUCAACAAUUAUUCCCACAUCAGAUCCAAUUUCAUCACCGUCAGUUCUUGAGACUUCAUUGACAUUAAAUCAACCAAUUAUGACACCGCUUGAAGUUCCAAGCAGUUUGUCAAUUCAAAUUAAUGCUUCAGAAACAUUAAACACUCUUGCUCAUCCUGUAGUUCCAAUUGUAGAUACUGGUGCUCAAACUUUACAGGAAUUACCUAUUACAAUAAAUAAUCCAACCAUUGAAUAUAUUAAUAGUAAACUACCUGGUAACUCCAUGCCAGAUAUUGGAGAAAUAGAUACACCUGUAUCAGCACCAGUAUCAAUACCAGUAGUAUCUAGUGCUGAUAAUUAUCUUGUAAUACCUAGUAUCAGUGAUAGUGGAACAGUAUCCUAUGCUGUUUCAAUACCAGAUAAUAUUAGUAUUGAUAGUACUGCACCAACUCCCUCUAUGCCAAUUAUUGAUGACGGAUUUAAUGACAAUCAAAUUCAGAUUAAAGUUCAGGUCCAGGAUACUCAUACAUUUAAACAAUCUACUCAAGUAAUUAACGAAGAUGAUAAACAUGUAGUACGUGAUAUGCCUAUUGUUGCUGAUGAAAUUUGUACACCUAUGGAAGUUGAUGUUACUGAAACUGUUAAACAACAAGGAGAUGAAAUUGAUAAUCAGACUCAACAAGUUGAAAAUAUUAAUGACCAAGUUGAAAUUAAAGUUUCUCAAGUUAAGGAUCAGGUUACUGAAAUUCAAAAUCAAGUUUCUGAAAUUCAGGAUCAAAUUUCCGAGAUUCAGGAACAAGUUUCUGAAAUUCAAAUGCACGGUGAAAUUAUAGAAGAAAUUGUCAAUAAUCAAGUUCCAAUAAUUCAAGAUGUACAACAAAUUCAAGAUCAUGAUAUUCAGGAACAAGUACAUAUUCACGAUCAUGUUGAACAGGUUCAAGAGGUUCAAGAAAUUCAGGUACAAGUAAAUCAGGAUCAGAAUAAAAAUCAAGAUAAUGUUUCUGAAAUUCAGGAUAAAAUGUUUAUUCAAGAACAAAAACAAGAUAUUCAAAUACAAGAAAUAAAUAAUGAACCUGAAUCAACAGAAGUUGAAUCUAUGGAAGUUCAAGAGUCAGAACCAUCACAAUCUUAUGAACCAUCAAUAGAAAUACCAACUCAGUCUAAAUUACAAUCAACAGAAGCAUCACCAAUUACUUAUGAGGCCAUGAUUGAUGAUUCUGAGCCUCCAACACAGUCUUAUGACGACAUAAAAGCCGAAGCCACUCAAUCCUACGAUAAUGCACCAACACAAUCAUUUACUGAGGAUCAGGAUACAAGGAUCGAUGAUCCCAGUUUUCCUACCCAAAGUUAUGAAGUAGAAAAACCAGAUAACAAUGUUGACGUAGACAGAAUUAUUGAAACUGAUGGUGAAUUAAGUCAAGAAGGUAAUAUUCCAUCCCAAUCAAAUGACAUUGAUAGGAUUGGAACUUGUUUUAUGAGCAAUGACAGAAAUUGUGGUAACAUUGGUGUAGCCAGUGGAGCCAGUGCUAGUAGUGCCAGUGGUUUCAAUGAAGACGAAACAGCUAGCUCUUCAUAUGUACCUGAAACUCCAGAAACUCAAGAGCGGGAUCAAGAUCAGGAAAGCGCGAUUAGUACAUCAUCAUAUGAAAUUCCGACAUGCGAAGAAAUAAAUAUUGCUUCAUCAAGUGUAAUUCCUGAUACUAGUAUUGACGCUGAACACAUUAGUAUUCAUAACAAUGGAGUGCCUGAAAUUCCAACUUCAAGCUAUAAUUUAAAUCCUGACAGUAGCUCUGGUGGAAGUGUCGACGCGGUGCCUAGUUCUAGUUAUGAAGAUAAUCAAAUAGAAAGAGGAGUAGUUGAGCAAAAUGUAUCAACAAGUUAUCAAGUUUCAAUUUCUAUGCCAGGAUUAGAAGGAAACACAAGUUUUGUCAGCGAAAGUACAGAUCAGGUUGAUCAACCUUCUAGUUACUAUACUCCUCAUACAGAGGAUACAUCAGAAGCAACACAAAGUUAUUUUGUACCCGAAGGACCAAGUCCAAGUUAUCAGACCCAAAUAGCAUCACCAAGUUAUUACGAGCCACCACCAGAGUCUGAAGCAACUCAGAGUUAUUAUUCUCAGGAUAAUAAUCAACGUCCAAGAGACAUUGAACAGCAAUCUGCGUCUCAAAGUUAUUACGAAGAGUCAACAACAUCAUCGUCAACAGCAUUAGCAUCAGCAUCAACAUCAUCAUCAUCAUCAUCAUCAACAUCAUCAAGAGUAGCAGUAGUAGGAGUAGGAGUAGGAGCAGGAGUAGGAGUAGCAGGAACAACGACAAAUGACGAAGAACUGAGGCUUGGUCAAGUUGGUGAAGCAACACCAACGUAUUCAACAGAAAGAUAUCCUGUUGAUUAUCAUAUUGACAAUUCAUCACCAAUUGAUAGGCAUGAUUUAGUUGAAAGUUCGGUAUCUGCUACACCACAGCCUACUGAAAGGCAGCGUGACAUGCUUUGAGAAAGACAAUCCAUUCUUGUUCAUCAGUUGGCUUAUUUUCUGUUUCAUGAAAUGUGGGUCCACAGUCUUG